CGUCCCCAUUGCUCUGUGUGUGUGUGUGUGUGUGUGUGUGGUGCCCCGACCCCUUCCUACGCAACCAGACGAACCAAGAGGAAAACGGAUAGAGUGUGACCGACCCUCCCACCCACACCAAUCCAUCGCUCCUCUGGGCGUGCUGCAUGGUGUGUGGGGGUGUGUAAGUGUGGCUCUAUCCAAUGGCUCACUAAGUCCAUCCAUCCAUCCAUCCGUCUGGAGACACAUACACACGUACGGCCAGGCAGGGAGGCAGGCAAGCGGGAAGCGAGCUAACACACACAGGGCGCCGAUCUCACACGGCAUGAACUAAUCAUACCCUCCCUCUCCCCCUCACCCACACAUCACUCACCGAUAAAAUGCCCACACGUCACGCAGUUGAUUCACUCACUCACUGACUAUGCACUUCUUCCCCUUUUCUGAGCUCUUGAUCGUCUGGAGGUAAUCCUCUACCAGCCGGACAGGCACACGCGUCUUUGCCUUCUUGGCUGCCUGCCGGUCCUGCAGACACACAAACAAAGGGGUGCAGAUGGAUCGAUGGCAUCCAUGUGUGGCGGGCAGGGCAGGCUGACCUUGGUGAGCUGCUGUGCUAUUCUCUUGCUGUCGAGCCGGCGGCCGGCGAGUUCCUCUAUCUGUUUCUUCUCCUCAUCAGCCAGCUCCUCAGUUGACUCCCCGGCCUGUGUGUCGUGUGGACAAGACACCAACGCACCAACAUCCUCAAGCACACCACACCACAAGUGGACAGGCAGCCUCCCCGGCUGACCUUGAGGGUGGGUUCGCUGAAGCAGAAUAGGAUGUCGCUCUCGGGCAGCACCAUCGUGCCAUUGCCCUGCCCGCCGGCGCCGGCCGUGGCGGAUGCGGUCGGCGUCCUGGCAGGCUCAUAGGGGUCCAACAACGCUACGAGGCAAUUCAUCUGAACGCAUUGCUCUCUGGGGUCAGCAGCUGGGCUGGAUGACAGAAGCUCUGGAGCUCACCGGCCGGGGAUGAGUGGCUUGAAGCAAGGCAGCUGCAAGUUAACACGUCGCUCAGGCCGACAGACCACCACGACACACGCGAAUACACCUGGACUGGACGUGCUUGCCUGCCUGCAGCCCAGCCUGUAGUGCACACCAACCAGCGACGCGCACGACGACAAUGAAUGAGUCCGCCCAGAGAUCUGGCGGAUGGUGGGCGAGGCCGUGCAUGCUGCCAGUCAUG